GUCCGUCGGGCCGUCUUGUCUCGAGCGGACAUCUACCUCACUCUCAUCUUCCUGUGGCACAUCGGGCACCACAGGCAUCCAAGGUCUCAACCCCGCAGAUACCUUUUGAGAGUUAGGAAUUGCAUCGAGAUGAUAAACACUCAUCAAUGGCUCCCAGACAACAACCGGUGUAUGGCCUCAAUGCGACGGAGUUGUUUCAUUACUCCCGGAAAUAUCGUGUUGUGAUUUGCACAAUCUGCCAGUAUGCCGUGCCUCGACCAGGCAUUGCAUGGCAUUUAAAGGAGAUUCACCACGUCAACCCAGGUGAUCGCAGGCCGUAUCUUGACUUCGUGGCCAAACUUGAUCUGUGCGAACCCGACCGAGUGGUCUGUCCGCAUGAGGAUGACUUCCCUGUCCCAGAACUGCCCGUCUACGAUGGCUUGCAGUGCGGAGUCAAAGGCUGCUCUUACCUUUGCACAAGCGAAAAGCGCUUGAAGAGCCAUUGGGCGACCGCUCACAAAUGCGUCCCUCCGCAAGAUCUCACUAGCCAUCGUGUCCCCGUCCAAACAUUCUUCCGAGGCAACAAGCUUUCAUAUUUCAGUGGUCCGCUGGAAACUACACCCUCAUUACACCCAAAGCCCACUGUGAAUCCAAUACCCUUCUUGAAACCAGCACUCAUCCCGAAGAAGGCGUCUUCUUUUCACUCAACACCCUCGUCCUCCACGUUACCCUGCGGGAGGGCGGUAACCGUUUUGGAUGCAUCAGCCAACUUGGAUGGAGAAUCCACAAACACACAGCCUGAAACUGUUUCCAGCUGUGAUACAUUAUCACUUCUUCGACACUACCAGGCCUCGACGUGCAAGACCAUAGACCCCGGUACUCCGAAUGAUGAGAGGCUCUGGGGAGAAGUCAUCUUCCAGAUAGCGCAUGAGCACGAAUUCCUAUUCCACGGUAUACUGGCGCUCACUUCCCUCCAUCUUGCAUAUCUCAACCCUCAGACGCGAAACAAGUACCUGAUCAAAGCCAGUGAGCACCAAGGCAAAGCCAUGCCGCUGUUUCGGAAAGCCUUAGCAAAACCCAACAACGACAAUUGUCACGCCGUCCUUGUCUUCGCUUGUCUUCUUAUCCCUUACAGCUUUGCUUCUGAGCAACAGGAUGAGCUGUUUCUUGCAUCGGGGAAUGGGAAUGAAACUGACGUUGUCCCGACCUGGUUGUACUUUAUCCGCAGUGGCUGUGUCAUGCUGUCCGAAUAUUGGGACCUGGUCGAAGACGGACCGUGCGGAUCCUUGGCCAAAUGCUGGGAUGCCGCUUUCGAGACAGGCACUCCCCAACAAACAGCUUACUUGAACUCCUUGCAUGCAAUUAUGGCAGCAGCCCCAGCCGAGCAUCCUUGGUCUCAACAGGUUUGUGCUGCCUACCUGAAAUCAGCGGAAGAACUGGCCCAGGCUUUUGCUUGUUCCCGAUCCGAUCCUCAGAACUACACCACCUGGGAUGCGUUGAGAAUAUGGCCCACAGGGAUGUCGAUGGAUUUCACAAAACUCCUCCAAGAUCUGCAUCCGGCCGCAUUGAUCCUGCUCGCCCACUACGCUGUCCUGCUGAAACCCAUCGAGGAGAAAUGGUUUUUUGAGGGCCGAGCUACCAAACUGCUAAAGACAAUAUCCCAGAAGCUGGACCCUUAUUGGCAUUUCGCCUUGCCCAGCUUGUGAAGCUGAAGGCUGUUAUUUCUGAGUGAUCGAUCUUCAACCGGAUGAAGAACCGCCGACGGAAGCGGAAACGCCACGAACCCUAAUGGCCACCACCAAGUCCACCAUCCGCCCGGCCAUAAAGGUAGAAUGGAACCAGAACUGGGAAUCGGCCAAGCACUUUUCCAACUUGGAGUCCGGCCUGGAAGAGAACUCUCACAACACAUAGCCCACCCAGCGAAGAUCUCGGUCAUCACACAGAUGUGUACCGGCAAGAUCAGCCUGCCAGCGCUACCUCCACAGCAUCAACAAAGCCGAACACCGUCCAAUGUCCAUGUUGCUAUUGAUGACAAACCCGUACGUCACGUCCUCUUGGGAUGUCGAAAGUGAUGUGAGGAACGACAACGAAUGUGGGCAGGCAAAGCUCCAUGGAUGGAAAUCAAGAGCAUUCGCAUUCUCUGUAGCUCGUCAAUGACGAUACAAUCAGCCACAUGAUGUUAAGGACGGGACUCCUCGAGCAAUUCCGGGCGGUGCCGUCCACGGUACUCCAAUUCUCAUAUCUUGCCUGCAUGUAAGAAUGUAUAAGUGUGGGAAUACGUACAAUAGCAAUGCGAACUUUUCAAUAGUACCUAAAGCAGGACGCGGCAACCUGGGUCAGAUCCUGCCCGGCACGCUUCAGAGCUGUUUCGCACUACACUUCACUGUCCACCCAGAUCCACACUAACUGAGAGGAGCGUC